AAGAAGCAUCAAGAUACUAAACAAAACCACAUGCAUGGAGAAAUUUCCUUUUCAGUUUUAAAUUUUGAUGGAAAAUCAAUGUAUGAGGAAAUCAUAAGGGCAACAGAAGAUUUUGAUUCCACAUAUUGCAUUGGGAAGGGAGGACAUGGAAGCGUCUAUAAAGUGAGUUUGUCAUCUGCCAAUGUAGUGGCCGUGAAGAAACUUCAUCUGCUAUGGGAUGGCGAGACAAAAUUUCAGAAGGAGUUCUUGAAUGAAGUAAGGGUACUUAGUGAGAUACGACAUCGGAACAUUGUGAAGCUCUAUGGUUUCUGUGCACAUAAACGACAAUCAUUUUUGGUGUAUGAGUAUCUUGAAAGAGGUAGCUUGGCCGCAAUGUUGAGCAAAGAUGAAGAAGCUAAAGAGUUGGGGUGGAGUAAAAGGGUGAAUAUUGUUAAAGGCUUAGCUCAUGCCUUGUCUUACAUGCACCACGAUUGCUUGCCACCGAUUGUACAUCGUGACAUCUCAAGCAAGAACAUUUUGUUGGAUUCUGAUUAUAAGGCCUGCGUUUCAGACUUCGGCACCGCUAAGUUUUUAAAUCCAAACUCAACUAAUUGGACUGCCACUGCAGGCACAUUUGGCUACAUUGCACCAGAGCUUGCAUAUACAAUGGAAGUGAACGAGAAGUGCGAUGUUUAUAGCUUUGGAGUUGUCACACUGGAAAUAAUUCUGGGAAGCCAUCCAGGAGAUGUUUUCUCAUCUUUAGUAUCCGGGGCAUCAUCAUCGUCCUCAUCUGCAUCACCUGCCCCUGAAAUGCCAAUUUCGGAAGUUCUGGACCAACGCAUCUCCCCACCCACAAAACAAGAAGUAGGGGAGGUGGUCUCUCUGGUGAAGAUCGCAUUUGCAUCCUUGAAUCCCAAUUCGCAGUGUCGUCCAACAAUGAAGAAAGUUUCUCAGCUCCUGUCAUCAACUCAGAGGCUGCAUUUGUCAAAGCCAUUACAUGUGACAACAUGUGGUGAAUUACUUGCUCUUGAUGGUUUCACUGCCUGA